CCGGGGUUAGCCAGUAAACUCCCCUCUAUAAGGUGGAGCUCACCGAGCUUUUGAACGGACGGGGUUGAUCGCCGAUGUCCGGCGUGGCUUGGGCGAGAGAACUGACUUCCGCGGCAGAAAUACGGCGGCAGAAACCGCUGGCAGCCUACCAGGUUUACAAACAGAAGCUGGAAGAAGCUGUCUGAAAGGAGCUCUAUGGGAGAGACUAUUGGGUUUCUAAAGGUCACAGUUUUUCAAGGGAAAAGGCUGAUAAUCAGAGAUUUUACAAGCAGCGAUCCUUAUGUCAUUCUCAAGCUUGAAAACCAGACUGCCAGAACAAAGGUUAUAAAUAGUUGUCUUAAUCCUGUUUGGAAUGAAGAGUUCACAUUCGCGGUUACCAACCCAGCUGGAAUCCUAAAGUUGGAGGUAUUGAACAAGGAUCGGUUCAAACCAGACGAUAAGAUGGGGCACACACGCCUGAGCCUGCAUCCGAUCGUAUCUGCUUCCAGGCUGCGCCGGGCACUUAAGAACUCGGCCGGAGCUGAAGAGACCAAGAUGCGCAAAGUGAUCCCAGGGAGGGACAACUGCUUGGUUAGGGACAGCUUUGUGAGAUGCGUCAAGGGGGAGAUUGUGCAGGAAGUGUGGCUGAGGCUGUGUGACGUUAAGUCAGGGGAGUUGGAGCUGAAGCUAAAGUGGGUUGAUGUCAGUAGCCCCACUCAGCCCCCCUCACCUCACAUGAGGGUUUAAGCAAUGGUCGUGUGCGUUGUAACUUUCUCUCUCAUAUGUGUGCUUUCUCUCUCUCUCUCUCUCUCUCUCUCAUAUGUGUGUGUGUGCGCGCCUGGAUGGGGGAUAAGGGGUCUCUGCUAGGCCAAGAUUGAGUCGGGUCUUGCAACUGGGAGGUGGGUUCAAGUCUUCAAGAGCCAAGUAAGCAUUUUGAGCCUACCGCAUCAACUGGGCAACGGUAGGAUAUUGAGCUUAGCAAAUAUGCAUACAUCAUAUGACAACUUUGGUUUCUAUUGAAACAACUCUAAACCCUAGUGCUAGGUAGCAAAGAAAAAUAGCUUGGCUUCUCGUGGACCGCCAUGUGAACAUACGCUACUGCUACAACAGCUAUGUAGUGGGUGUGCCGGUAGCGACAGAGUUGGCCCGUGGUAGGUGAUACUACCCACAUUAUUUUUGCUUGUUUACUUAGAGAAAUUUUAAGUAUAGAACCUAAGUUUUUUCUCC